GAGAGAGGCUCGGGGAGGCCUUGCAGAUUUGCGGAGAAGCGGACGAGGCUCUUGUGAUGUUCCCUGUGGCCCUCCACGAUCUCCCGAACGGUUCGUGUUGGUUGGGGCUCAUCACGAUGUUGGCUGAUGCGGAUGGAGUGAGCCAGUGGCGCAAUUUGUUGUGUGGUGUGUCGGUGGUUAUGGUGGAUUUAGGAUGCAUUGUUGUCUUAGUUUCCCGGUGACGCUUCGAUGAGUGUAAUCUGUGAUUUCACGGGAUUUUUAGGCAUUUACAUGGAUUGUGGAAGAUUCUCUGAUGUUUCAGGGAGUUUUUAUGCAUUUUGACGAGGCGGGAUAGUUGUGAUGAGUGGCUGCAUUAAGUGCAUCCCGUUUUCUAUUUGAAAGGGCGGAACGCACCUUGCUCAAGUUUGCAUUAUCAACUCCAAAGGUACCAACAGUUCAUUCGUCAUUCCUUUAGCUGCUGUACACUACGUGUACGGCCUCUAUGUUCGUGGAACAAGACCAAGCAUCAUAUUUUGGCCCUGCUUCCUACCCCAACAGGACGGGUUUUCGAAGCGUUCAUGCACUCUGCUGCCAGUAUGAUGUCGUUCUUUACUAGGUGAUGCUCUCCCUUUGCCAUGAGGGACGGAAUGGCGGGCGACAUGGGAGCUAAGCUCUACCAGCUCACAACCCUACAGAUUAGAGAUCUGCAGUCUUAUGUCUCCAGACUUUUUGUGCUAGUUGCGAACGAGAACUCCAAGCUAGUAUUCUUAGUAGACAAUGAGCCUUGGACAUUACCAGAAUAUCGUUUUAGGCCUGCAGAGCUUUGGCAGCUUAUGGUCACCCAGUCUAGAGUCUCUCCUUUUGCUAACCGACGAAGGAGGGAGAGUGUCGAGGACUGCUGUGGUGCACUGGCUAACCCACACCAGGGCUUUGAAGAAUUAUCGACCUGGUCGAACUUUAAGAAUUUGUUCAGGUCUCUUCCUCUUGUGAAGACCUCUCCUCAGGGGCUACACGGUUGCGUGGCCUUCGAGGUGGAGUGGGCCAGUGUUCGUGGCAUAAAUUACAGCAAUGAGCUUCUGACGGACACGUCCGUUGCCAUGGAAGUAAAGACAAUGGAGAAGAGGGAAUUCGACAAUCUGGAACAAGCUCAAGCCUGGUAUUCUUCAGAAAGGCGUGAACCAUCCAUGGAGACUAUCUCAUCAACUGCUGGAACUUUCUUAGGAGAGUGCUCUGUUGCCAGACUUUCGGCCAACUGCUCGGAGGGAUGCUUUUGUAAAGUUUUUUCUCCGCGUUUGACUACGGACGACAGUGUCAGUAUUGAUGAGAACUCUGAUGCGGAUGAACGUGACGGGUAUGUAGAGGAUGAUGUCAGUGAUUAUUGUACUGUGACAUCCUUUGGUGAGGACAUUUUAGACUCUGAGGAAGAUUUUAACGAGAAUGACCAGGAGUAUUGGACUCCCCCUUCGUCGCCACACAGUAUCCAGCGUCAAUGCUCUUGGAGUUGGGAUGUCUUCAAAGACAAUCAGCAAUACUUUUCACAUGCAGUAUGUAAUUCACAGUUUGAAGAGGGGUAUGACGAAGAAGAUCUUGUAAAUCGUGAACGGAAUCAUUGCGCUACUCCUUCGUCAGACGUUUUCGAGGGAGAAAUUGAUAGUAAUCGGAUUUUGUUGCCGUUGGCAUCAAGGGAAGUUGUGGAUAUGAGUCAAGCCCUUGCCACAGAAUCAAAUAGCGCAGGUUUCAUUUCGGAAAGGUGUUACUUGGCAGGGAUCGAUGAUUGCCCUACGGAGACUUAUGGAGACGUACUCAUUGUUUUUAGGUUCAAGGAUCCUGUGUUGCCAUUUGAGCUGCAAAAGAUUGCUACGGCGGAUCCGCGGCUGCUGAAGAUGAUAGAAGCCGGGUUGCCCUCGUGGGUGGUUUUUUUGCAGUCAUAUCCAAUUUUCUGCAAGCUAUAUCGUCCGUGGAUGCGGCCGCUCUGUGCAACUGUCUACUUCAUAGUUUCUAUAGUGACAGUGUUAAUUGGAUUCUAUGACUUAUACAAGAAUGUCCCUAUCCUCAAGGCCACAGCAGCGCGCUUGUGCGGCCCGCUCUUCGAGUGGAUUGAAUCUUGGGAGAUGAUCUCACGGCUUAAGUAUCUUGGGACCAUGCUGAUGUUACAGAACUUUGAGAAAGGUUUUCGGUGGUUGCUUAUGUCAAUCAAAGCUGUCAGACAAUUAUUCCAGUUGCUGAUGUGGCCUUUUGUGAAGCCUCUGUCAUUGUUGGUUGAAGUAGCACUCCCUGCCUGGAGCUUGCUGCUUGGAGUACUUCUGGGUGGCUGGAAUCAUUUAUCAAUGACACUGCAGUCUUUUUGCGAUCUUUUUUCUUCGGUAUUCAUGGCUUUCAGCAGUCUUCUACGUUUCAUAAUUUGGCCCUUCUGCUUGCUGCUAAGCACUGUGUGGAACCUCGGCAUUUACCCAAUUUUGGCGGCAGUUUGGACAUUAGUGAGUCUGCCUCUACAGGUGGUGCGACUUAUCUUGUUACUUGCAGAGAACCUAACCGAUGGGCUCGUGGACUUGAUGCAAUUUAUACGUAUUAGCAUUGCUCCUGCUGCUUUAACUAUCAAGACUGCCAAGGCGGCAACGCCUUAUCCCUCGUUAUGGCGUGCCCUUUGGAACGACAUUUUUUCUAAGGUCUUUCGUGCUAUCAGAAGCAUUCUAAAUGGCUUGGUGGCUUUUUUAACAGCAUGUAAUCGGCAUCGGCUCAGUAUAUACAAUGAGGCUGUGGCCUGCCUUUUCCGUCUCAAUUUAAUGAUUAAAUAUGGACAAAGCGUUGCUCUGCGAGUGUGGCAACAGAUGAUUUUUUUGCAUGCCCCAAGUCCACUGGAGUCAAAGGUCAAGGUGGUUCGUGACCAAGAGUUUCGAUGUAGUCGAGAAGUUAUGAGAUUAAGAAGGUGUGUAAGUGCGCAAGCGUGACGAAUUCUUAUCUUUAACUGCAAUUCCGUCAACUCUAACCUGUACAUAAGCGAAGAACAGCGACUAGAGUGUUGGCGUUUGAGCCGGAGUAGAUCUCACUAAACCUACCAAACUGUACUAAUAGACUGUAUAUUGCUCAUUAAAAUAGAAAAUUAUGUCAAAGUAUGACUUUGGCAAGGGCUUAUCCAGCUCUAAGUAAUUUAGAAGCACAAAAAUGGCUACACAAACCUCAUAUGCAGUGGUAGUGACCCUUCUCAACUGGGGUUUAAUCCUACUAGAUUGCGGAGGGGAGAAGAUUUGGUUGCAUUUGCAAAUGCAAUAUUCUGCUAUCCUUGAGAGCUUGUUUGAGAGUUUAUCAUCAGAUUGUGAUGAUACCUCGAAGCAUCGUUUAGAAUAUGAGGGUUUUUAACUAGCUGGCCAAAAAGGUGGCGGUCUUCAGCUCACCGGUGAUUUGUUCACUUGGCUGCCUCUUGUAUGCUAUCUUUAAACAUUAAUUUUUUUACCCAAAUGGGUCUUCCUGGC